CGCGUGUUGCCUGCAACAUUCGAAAAAGCUCUUCUCUCCCCCGCACGCGCCGCUCCUUCCUCCUCGUUCCCCGCGCCGGCUGAGGAUGCGAGGCUCCCGCCCGCCCGGCUUCUUCGCUCCCGUUUCCCAGCUCGCCGUGACCCCUCGUCCCAGCCCGCCGUGCCAGCUGCUGGGCUGGGCGGGGGGUUGCUGAACUCUUUCUUUGCAUGGGGUGACCGCCGCCUUUGGCCUCGGUCCGUCUCUCCUCCGCUGCUUGCGCCUUCUGCCGGGAAAGAUGCCCCGACAGGAGCUGCCUUUGCCCGAAGGCUGGGAGGAAGCUCGCGACUACGACGGCAAAGUCUACUACAUCGACCACGCUAACAAAACCACCAGCUGGGUCGACCCGCGGGACAGGUAUACUAAACCACUUACCUUUGCUGACUGCAUAUGUGAUGAAUUGCCAUUAGGAUGGGAAGAAGCCUAUGAUCCUCAGGUUGGAAGCUAUUACAUUGACCAUAACACCAAAACCACCCAGAUAGAGGAUCCUCGGGUGCAGUGGCGACAGGAACAAGAACACAUGCUGAAGGACUACCUUAUAUUGGCCCAAGAAGCCUUAACUGCGCAGAAGGAGGUUUACCAAGUCAAGCAACAGAGGCUUGAAUUGGCCCAGCAGGAAUACAAGCAACUUCAUGAUGUCUGGGAACACAAAUUGGGGUCUCAGACCAGCUUAGCCUCCAGUUCAUCCUCUAGCUCAAAAUAUGAUCCAGAAAUUCUUAAAGCUGAAAUUGCUACCACAAAAUCUAGGGUUAAUAAACUCAAAAGAGAAGUUGCUCAUAUGGGACAGGAACUCCAGUAUAAGGAACAUGGUUUUCAAACAUUGAAGAAAAUUGAUAUGAAAAUGUCUGAUACCCAAGGUGGAUAUAAACUUGAUGAAGCACAAGCCAUUUUAAGUGAAACAAAAGACAUCAAGAAGGCUAUCACUUCAGGAGAGCAAGAAAAGCGAGAUCUUAUUGAGAGUCUUGCCAGACUAAAAGCUAAUUUUGUGGCAAAUAAAAGAUCCCAUUCAGACUUGUGGACCAAUAGCACUUCCUUGGGAAGUUCCCAUUGCUCUUUACCUAGGACGUACCUGGAUGCUGGUUCCCAAACAGAUGUUUCUGGAAAUUUUUUUGUGAGCUGCAAUAAUCACUUGGCUGAGAAAGUAAGAGUGCGCCUCCAAUAUGAAGAUGCUAAGCGAAGAAUAGCAAACUUAAAAAUACAGCUGGCUAAAUUAGACAGUGAGGCCUGGCCUGGUGUGCUUGAUUCUGAACAAGACAGAUUAAUGUUAAUAAAUGAAAAGGAGGAACUUCUCAAAGAAAUGCGGUUCAUUAGCCCAAGAAAAUGGACUCAGACUGAUAUAGAAAAACUGGAGAUGAAGAGAAAACGUUUAGAAGAAGAUCUUCAGACUGCAAGAGAUACACAGAGUAAAGCUUUAACAGAAAGGUUGAAGCUAAGCAGUAAAAGAAAUCAGCUGGCUCAAGAACUAGAGGAAACAACACGAUUAUUGGCAGUGUUGCACACGCAGUUGAAAAAUUUGUCCUCUAGCAUGCUUUCCUUAUCUUCUGGCAGUAGUCAUGGCUCACUUGCAUCCAGUAGAGGAUCUCUGGUCACCUCAAGCCAGGAUUCUUCAACUUCCGCCAGCUUUACUGAUCUGUUACAUGAACAGUAUGAACAGCUAGAAUCUGACUAUCAGAAUAAAAUGGACCUCUUCCUUUUGGAGAGAACCACUGGUUUUCGACCUUCAGGAUGCAUCACUACUAUCCAUGAGAAUGAAGUAGUAAAAACGCAGAAAACAGAUUCUACCAGCCGCUUGCAGAUCUUGAGAUCCUUGUCUGGAACACCCAAAUCCUCAACAUCUUUAUCUCCAAGGUCAUCUCUUUCAUCUCCUUCUCCACCAUGUUCACCACUAGUGACAGACCCAUUCUUCGUAGGAGAUGCCUUUGUGAAUCAUGCAGACUUUGAGGAUACUGAAAUAAACAGUGGACUUGCGGAACUUGGUCUAAACUCCGUAGGUGGGAAGAAGUAUAGAAUAGAAGAUUCUAGAACUGGGGUCAAGCAUUUGGACCAAGGAGCAUUCGUGUGGCUGUUCUCCCUUCAUCGGAAAGCACAAGCUGCUUGUUCCGUACAAGACUCGUGGAUGCAUCAGACAAUCUCACAUACAAUGAAUUAUUUCGUGUUACAAUCCCUCAUUCAGUUUUGCGACAGAAGACUCUAAGGAUUGAUGUCUGCACUUUAGACAAGUUCCACCUUGAAGAAUGCUUGGGAGGUGCACAAAUUAGCCUGGCAGAUAUUUGCAGAACAGGGGAAAGGUCAAUGCGCUGGUACAACCUCCUCAGCUAUAAAUAUCUACAAAGACCUAGUUGUGAAAAUAAACAAGAGGAUACUUGUUCUGAGCUACUCCACACCAAGAAAAUGGACUCUGUAUCUGCAUUGCUGGAACAAACUGUUGCUGAACUCGAGGCGGUAGAGAAAAAACUAGGAGAAAGUACUUUACUUACCGAUGAAACCUGGCAAUAUAAGGGAGAUGCUGAGCAGGAUGAUAUCAGUGAAACUGAAAAUGGUGAGACUGAAGCAGAGGAGGAAUUUUAUGACGGAAGGACUGUGUGGGCCACUGAAGAGAACUUGCUACCUUUGUUGCAGGCUGAGUCAGCAACCAUCAAGGUGGAUAAAGAGACCAACACAGAUAGUCUUAUGCAAUCUUCUCUAGUAGUUCGUCCAAAAGAUAAAAGAACACCUAAUCCUUUACAAACACCCUUUGUUAGAGGCAGCACAAUCAUCCGCUCCAAAACUUUUUCUCCAGGACCACAAAGCCAGUAUGUGUGUCGGCUUAAUCGUAGUGAUAGUGAUAGUUCAACACUAUCUAAGAAACCACCUUUUGUUCGGAAUGCUGUUGAGAGACGAAGUGUCAGAAUGAAACGGUCUUCUGUUAAAACUCUUGGACCUGAGCGUUUGAUCCGUACUUCUCUCGACCUGGAAUUAGAUCUGCAGGCAUCAAAGACCUGGCAUAGUCAGUUGCUGCAAGAGAUUUCUGUCCUCAAACAGCUAAAGGAACAGUUGGAGCAAGCUCAAAGUCAAGGAGAAAAAGAGUUACCCAGAUGCAUAGAUGAGAAUGACCAAUUCAGGAUGUUAAUGAGACUGGUAGAGAAAAAGACCGUAAAGGCUGGAUGUAAGUAUGAACGGAAGGCCGAUAAAAUGAUGAGGGCAGCUGCUAAAGAUGUGCAUAGAUUACGAGGGCAGACCCAAAAAGAACCUCUAGAGGUGCAAUCAUUCAGAGAGAAGAUGGCGUUUUUCACACGACCUAGGAUAAAUAUCCCAGCUCUCUCAGCAGAUGAUGUUUAAUGUCUAUUUAAGUAUUUUGUUCUUAAAACCUCUUCCGAAAAGUAUAUGUCAUUCACUGAAGUUUAUUUAUAUCAUGUUAGUACAUUGAUAGCUUUAUCAGUUCUAGGGCCAGAUUUUUAACUUUCUUUUUUCAUUGCAAAUGCCAGCAUUAAAAUUACACUAUCAUAUAGUUUGUAUAUUUAGCUAUGUAUUUUUGAAAGAUUUUUAAAAAUGAAACAGUAUAGCUCACAAUGCCAUUUUAAAAAAUUUACAUGUUGACAUAUUGUACAGCUUUUGCUUUUUUUAAAAGACAGGUUUUGCUGCAAUAAAUUUUGAGUUUGAAAAGAAUCUGACAUACAAUUCUAAAAACUGGACCCCAACUCUUAUAUAACUAGGUUUUGCUAAUUCAAAUAUUUUUGUAACAAAUAAAGGAUAAAAGAAGCCAUUUUAAGAGUUAAAAAUGAGUGCUCUGUGAGCUGUGAAACACUUCCAUUUCCAUCUAGGUCAUAAAAAGGGGAGUGGAGUUUAAAUGCCUAUUGCACUUUAAUCUGGAGAUUGUUACUUCAUUUCAUUAUGCUGUUAUCCUGUAAGAGUUCCCAAAGCCCUGUGAAUCCUGUGUUAAAAAGAGAGUUGCAGGAAACAUAUGUCCGUGGCUACAUGUUUGGCUGUGGGAACAUAUCAAGAGCCAACAGCUAUUUUAAAAAAGCUAUAUCUGUCUUAAAAUUAUUUGUAUUUCUUUUAGUAAAUAAUCCUCAUAUAAUCAUGACAGUUUACAACGAGCAGCAACCAAAAGGAGCUUCUAAAAACAAAUCCUUUCCGGUAAUGUUAUCUUAAUAGCUACAAAUGCUUUCUGUGUUGGUUUUUUAAAAACUAAUUUAAAUCUAGUAAAUUGUCCCCAUUCUUCAGUGAGAGAGUAUUUAAUCCGAAAGGCUUUCUCUGAUUACUAUUGAGAACAUCUACAUAUUUGGAUAUUGAAAACAACAUCCUAGAAGAAAACAGCAGCAAAUUGCUGUCUUUCUCCUGCUGAGAAAACUACAUGGAUAGUUUCCAGAAAGAUUUUACCGUAACUGAACAGCCUGCAACAAAACCUUGGUUUAAAAACCUGUAAUCAUGUUUAUAACCCAGUUAAUCACAUUGCUUGUAGUUUGUUUAUUUUUUCCCAGUUUGUUCACUUUAAUAAUUGUGUUGGGUGUGUGUGUGUGUGUGUGCAUACCCAAGCACUCUGCUCUGCACUUUCAUUUUUAUAUGCCCAUCUUUAAAUAUACAGUAUGCACAUGUACACAUGCAUAGAUGUAGAAUAGACAUGGUUAGGUUAUGGAACUAGGUGUCAAUUCACUGAGAUGCAUCUGAGUGCCAGUUUGGUCUAGUUGUAAGGCGCCAGGCUAGAAACUAGGAGAAUGUGAGUUCUAGUGCUGCCUUAGGCUUGAAAGCCGGCCGGGUGAAUUUGGGUCAGUCACUCUUGCUCAGCCCAAAUCAUAGGCUUGUUGCUGUGGAGAAAAUAGAAAGAGAAAGGAGUAUUAAAUAUAUUUGCAAUCUUAUUUAUAAAAAUAAUAAAGGCCUGAUAAAAAUAAAUAAAUACCUUUCUAGUCAUUUCAGGGGAAAAUAAUGAAAAAUCAAUGUGUCUUACUUUUAAUAAUUAGUAACUGCUAAUUAUCAAUAUUAAUGACUUCAAUCCAGACAAAAAGUAUAUGAAGAAAGUCAGGAGAAUAGAAGCUGAUUUUUCUAUCCUCUUUUUGAGCAGAAUCUGUUAUUGUUUUAAAAAUUGGACUGAGGCACAACCCAAGAAUGAAAAUUCACUUGCAGAAAAUACUUCUGUCAGUUUUUUUGUAAUAUCCCUUUUUCUGGCCUAUAAAUCAUAGCCUACUUGCUUUAGGAAAGUAUCUUAAUCCCUGAAAGAGACUUUUGGCAAGAGUUUGUUGGAGGAUGGGAUAGGAAGGUCAUCUUACACUAACAACCAUCCACUUCUCUAGAUCCAAGGUAUAUUUUGCUUUUCAUAUAGCAUUUGAAGAAAUGUUAAUACAUUCCAGUUUGAUUGUUUUCUUUGAGACAAGAAACAUGAAUGUGUGAGAAUGCAGGAUCUAUAUGGUGAUUGGCUUUCUUUGGAACAUAACUGAAAUACCUUCAGAUCUUCCUACAACAGCCUACAUCUUACAUUAACCCAUGUCUCUCAUUGUUGACAAUUUAAGAACAGAGAGUAAUGGACACUGGAAUACAAAGGCCUUAAAGAUUCACAAAUCAAGAUGCACCUUCAGGAGUAAAGUUGACAAGUGGUUUAAACCUGGAUUUUUCCUGAGAUGUAUAUAUAUAUUUUCUUGUAUAAACACUGGAAUAAGCAACCACUAAAUGAUUGAAUUUAUAUAUUUUAAAUUUUGUUAGGAUUAACAUUAAAAUUGUUAUAGAUAGAAAUUAA